AUGGCGGACGGCGUGGACAAAAGGGGGCCCAUGCCGCCGGGCUGGGAAGCCCGAUACGAUAAUAGGACAGGCAGGCAUUAUUAUCUGAACCACUACACAAAGACUACAUCAUGGGAGGACCCGAGACUGAAAUUGAAACAAAUAAAUGGAAUAAUGAACGAGUGUGGCCCUGUUCAAGCCAAUUCAUCACCAUAUCAUGUCUAUCCUGCACAAUUUCCGGUCCAGGCCGCUUUUCACACGCCGACAGAUGGCAGCCCAAUCGCACAAAAUCGAUUAUUGUUAAAUCCAGAUCCAAUGGAAAUAGAACAAGCCGUAAACCGUAUUCAUGCAAUGUUUCCAACAGCCACUGAUACACAUAUAAGGAUUUUACUUAAAAAGUAUUACAACCGUGAAGCGGUUGUUAUCUCGGCUUUGCAAGUAGAAAAGCAUCCUAUAUCGGAACCGGGACCGUUGGUGUUUCGUACGCCUCCCGCAAGGUGGAGACAUUUAUCCGGUGCCAAUAUUGCUGUUAAUGCUUUGCAGAUGACACCAAUUAUGGUUGAUAAGUGUUCUGCAUCAUUUUUGGUACAUGCACUUGCAGUUUCUUCAAAAGUAGAUACAGAACAUUGGGUAGGAAAUUUUUCCCCAAGAUCUGGCCUUGUAUCUUCGACUAAACUAGACAAAGGUGUCGGUAGAUGUUUUUUAUCACAAAACUCAGCUAUCAGUCCCACUGCUGCGGAAUUAGCACUGGUGGAUGGACUAACCUCACCGGUGUCCUUAACCUGCAAUUUUUUUGGGAAUAGCACACAACUCUGUAUGGAUCUCCUUUGGUUCAGAAGUUCUCCGAGGCCACAUUCUUCGCCAAAGAUGAAACUCAGGUAUCUCAAAUCGAUUUUCCCGAAAGCAGACGAGACGUUGCUCCUGGAUAUUCUAGCAGGAUCGGACAACAAUGUUCAAGGGGCGUCCUUGAAACUUCUAGGCCUUGGUUACGAAAAACAAGUCACAUUUUCACCGCUCACCACUGUGGAAGACAGAAAGAAGUGCAACAGCAAAGACGCCAAGAAGAAAGAAGCAUCAAAAUUGACUUCUAAAUCCACCAAUAAACAACAGAAUGCGGAUGGCGACCAAAAAAGCCAGAAGUCUGGAGCUGGUGAGGAUGAUGGGAAGGACUUGGAUAAGAUUGCUAAGAGCAGGGAAGAGAAAACCAAAAUGCAACAGUUGAUGCAAACCCAAUACGCACAAGUGUCCAAUGAACUUGUCCGUUUAGCUUUAGACAGUGCCAACUAUAGCGAACAAAAAGCCAAAAGGUUCCUGGAUAGUGUAGUAGUCGACAAAAAGAAACCAACACCUGGAGACGUUAAACCAGAAGUUUCCGCCGAUCAGGUAGUCUUGACAUCAAGUACUGCCCAAGAAACUACUAGUAGUGAAGUCAAAGAGGAUAUAGUGGAGAUUAAGACUGAUGAUGGUGAUGAAAGAAAUGUUGUUUGUACAGAUGAAACCGACAAGGUGGAGAGUGUGAAAAGCAAAAGUAGCAAAAAAGUAGUAUUGCAUUGGAAAACGAACAAAAGUGGUAAUUCUUCUCCAAAACAGGACGAUGGUUCUUCCAGCACACCUGAAGAUGGAUCUUCCAAAGAGAACUCCUGGGACAAGAUCACUGCAGCUCUUAAUAUGAAAGACAGUCAACUAUCAAAGCAGCAGCAACGAACACAGGCUAAAGGACCAGAUUCGACACUCUGCAAGGGGCCGGACAAUGAUCUAUUAUUAUUUCUACCUGACUUUCUAAUUUCAAGUUUUCUUAUCAUCAUCUUACAUCUAUUUCCUUUUCCUCCAGACUCGAUUACCAGGCCUGGUGCGGCCGGAUCCGGCAAUGUGCAAAGGGCCCUCCAAAGCUCUACUGUCUUCGUAUCAGAAUACCAAGAAUGUUCUGUUGAAUUCCGUCAACAAAUCCGUCAACCAGACGUCAAUCAGCACGAGUACUAUUGCUUCCAAUUUGAUGAAUAA